AUGGUUAGACUUUCUGCUUUUGCUAUUUUUGUUUCUUCUGUAACAGCUUUCGAUGAGUACAGAAAAGAGGUCGAUCUGGAAACAAGCGAAGAAGGUUUCUACCGUUCUCGUCACCAGAUCCAGCCUCGGCGAAUGAAACAGCUCGCUGCUCAAUUGGUGGAACGACACGGCUUUGCAAACUACACGAAAAUCUACGGCUACGGUUGCUAUUGCUUGAAUCUCGGAGAACGGCCGAUGUCCGGAAUGGUCCAGGGAGUCGAGCCGGUGGACGAGAUCGAUCAAGUCUGCCAGAAAUACACUCAGUGCGUCAAAUGCUUGAAGCAUGAUCACGGGGAUUAUUGCCAGCCAGAAUCGAUCAACUAUGAAUACUACUUCGACGAGAAUGGAGAGACUGUGUGUCCGACGGAUAACAAAUGCAGGAAAAAUUUGUGCGAGUGUGACAAGUUUUUGGCAGAAGCGCUUGAUGGAAAAUUCGAGGCGUAUAAAUCAGAAAAUCAUGUGUUUGGCGGAUUCGAGUUCAGCACAAUGUGCGAAAAAACCAAGCUGCCGAACAGUGGUCAAAACCGAACUCAAGAGUGCUGCGGAGAAUAUCCAACAAGAAAACCCUUUCUCGCCGGCGGAUCCCGCGAUCUUGUUUGUUGCGAUAAUGUCGCUCCCAUGCAAGUAAUGACCAGAUCGCUGUGCGAAAGCCUUGGACCAAAGCAGGACAAAAUUCUCCGAAGAAACUAG